UGGGAGGAGAAGAGCUGAAAGGGCUAUAAAACCUCUGAGGUUUGAGAUACGGAGUGUACCACCCUAGAGCAGCCAUCCUCAGCCAAGCGCUGUCAGGGGCUGUUUUCUGUCGGGAAGGCCAGCAGGCACUGCUGUAGAAGAUGUGUGAGGAAGAGGACAGCACUGCCCUUGUUUGUGACAACGGGUCGGGGCUCUGUAAAGCCGGCUUCGCUGGAGACGAUGCUCCCAGAGCAGUUUUCCCGUCCAUUGUGGGUCGUCCCAGGCACCAGGGUGUGAUGGUUGGUAUGGGUCAAAAAGACAGCUAUGUGGGUGAUGAGGCUCAAAGCAAGAGAGGAAUCCUGACCCUGAAAUACCCCAUAGAGCACGGCAUCAUUACAAACUGGGACGACAUGGAGAAGAUCUGGCAUCAUUCUUUCUACAAUGAGCUCCGGGUCGCACCUGAAGAGCACCCGACUCUGCUGACCGAAGCACCGCUGAAUCCCAAAGCCAACCGAGAGAAAAUGACACAGAUUAUGUUCGAGACGUUCAAUGUGCCAGCCAUGUAUGUAGCUAUUCAAGCUGUGCUGUCCCUCUAUGCCUCUGGACGUACCACAGGGAUCGUGCUUGACUCUGGGGACGGUGUCACCCACAACGUGCCGAUCUAUGAAGGCUACGCCCUGCCACACGCCAUCAUGCGCCUGGACCUGGCUGGCCGGGACCUGACCGACUACCUCAUGAAAAUCCUGACGGAGCGGGGAUACUCCUUCGUGACCACUGCGGAGCGUGAAAUUGUCCGUGACAUCAAGGAAAAGCUCUGUUACGUGGCCCUGGACUUUGAAAAUGAGAUGGCCACUGCUGCAUCUUCCUCCUCUCUGGAAAAAAGCUAUGAGCUUCCUGAUGGUCAGGUGAUCACCAUUGGAAAUGAACGCUUUCGCUGCCCAGAGACCCUCUUCCAGCCUUCUUUCAUUGGUAUGGAGUCUGCUGGCAUUCAUGAAACCACUUACAACAGCAUCAUGAAAUGUGACAUAGACAUCAGAAAGGAUCUUUAUGCCAACAAUGUGCUGUCUGGAGGCACCACCAUGUACCCGGGUAUUGCAGACAGGAUGCAGAAGGAAAUCACUGCUCUGGCUCCUAGCACCAUGAAGAUCAAGAUCAUUGCUCCUCCUGAACGCAAGUACUCAGUCUGGAUUGGAGGCUCUAUUCUUGCUUCCCUCUCUACUUUCCAGCAGAUGUGGAUCAGCAAACAGGAAUACGAUGAAGCUGGCCCAUCCAUUGUUCACCGCAAAUGCUUUUAAAUUGCUUUUUCUUUAUAUGUCUCCUUAGUGUGAAUGUAUUCAGGAAAGUACAUUCUUAUAAUUUCAUUCCAUAAAUCCUUCAUCAUAAUUAAUCUAAUUAAUUGGAUACUGUGUAGUUCUUAAAAUAAAUUUUAAAUAUGCUAUGAAAUUGCUGCUCCUAUUUAAAACAAAAGCAAAAGCCAGGCUGUGAGUGUGUGGAGAUGCCAUUACAGCUGGCUUGAAGCUCCAUCUUGUGACAUGAAUUUAUUAUUACACUCUACUGGGCUUAACAAAAAUGGUGGUACCUUUAGCUCGAUGAUACCAAUGCUAGAAGAUGCUCACCUGUCAGGCUGCAUAUUCUCAAAGUUUAGCCUCAGAAAACUUUUUAAUGUGCAGACAGAACCAGUCGUGGUUCUUACAAAGUUCUUGGCAGUACCAAAGGAGCACAGCAUCUGUUCAAUAUCAGGAUGAGCAUGGGCAUGCUGCUUUGUAUCUGCUCUAUACAGAAAUAUUAUCUAUCCACAUCACUUCUUACUUCACAGCUGUCAUGCUGGAAAAGCUAAUUUCUCACAGUGUAUGGCCCAGGGGUGUAUGAUAUGUACCCCAACAAUCCUGUGUUUUCUUUAAAGAAAAAAACCUGUUCCUUUGGGAGCAUAUCUAAACACUAGGUAAACAUAUGGCUUUCCUAUUGUAUGCCCUCAGGAUGAGUGCAGCCUAUUAUUUUUAUUUUGUGAUUUCUAGCAAGAUAUAAAGGAUAAUUAAGCUGGCUUAAUAUACUUUUUCUUCAGAACUUUUUUUUUUGAAAGGGGGGGGGGAGUAAUGUGUUCAAAGCAGCUAAAAUAAUUUAGAAAAUUUUAUUUUCCUGUGAUUUUUCUGAUUCCAUUUAUAAUCUUCAACACAUCAGCUAGAAGUAUAUGCUUAGAAGCUGAAGCCAAUAAUACUGUCUUAGAAGUAUAUAUAUAUAUAUGAAUAAAGAAUUAACUGAGACAGGCCUGGAAAAGGUCACUUCUAAGGAACUUGCUGCAAUCUAUUUUCAUUAGAGUCCAGGAUAAAGGAUGCUAUUUAUUUUCAUUAACCUAUUUUCCUCUCUCAACUCAAUAGUUUACCUCACUUGCCUGUUACUUGUUACCUUUCAAACUGUAAGCUCUUUGCAACAGCACCUGUUAUUUACCAUGUCUUCAUAACCCUGGGGUUCCACAUCUUGUCCAGCUCCCGACUGUUAGCACAUGUUGCAAACCUCUUUGUACUAACCUUAUUAUUUAAAGCAUAAGUGAUCUAGGUUCUUGGAACAGUGACUAAAUAAACUCUUGUAAAAGUAAACAACUUUGUAUGGUUCUUCCUUCUAACUCUGUCUAGAUCUUUUUAUCUAACUCUAGAUAGAUUGAGGAAAUCCUUUUCAGGAUAAGAAGUGCCUUGCAGUUUAAAGUCUCUACUGGCAGGUUGCUGGAGAAGACACAUUUCUCCAAGGGACUCUGAUGCAUCCCUGCUAUCCCAAAAUGGUGAGGAUCAGCUCUCAGGUAAAGGAUUUGGAUAGUUCUAAGUAUCUUCUGCUUAACAGAUGAAACUUGAGCUAUAGAAGUUGUACAGGAAAAAGAGAUGAAAAAAAAAAUCACCUAAACUGACUGAUUUGCCUCUACUACAUAUAAUUUAAAUUUACUGAAGCUCUAAGAGAUGUACAUAGCUGAAAGUCACAAAAAGCUAACCACUGCUAAAAAUACCUAAUUCUCAGAAGGCAGUCAAUGGGAAAAAGUGACAGAAGAAACAUUCAUUUCAACACAGUUACUGCAGUUUGAAGUUCAUUUUAUUGUGUUUUAUGGGUGAGAUUUGUUUACAGAUUUAGGGUUAAUGCCACUGAACUCCAUCUUGACAGAGCAACAAAAUAACUCCAAAACAGGCUAAAGCAAUAAAUAUCAAACAAUUCAAUCUAAAAUGUAUAAAUAUAAAAGUAAUUUCUGAAAAUGUAGGAAAAAACAGGAAUCCAUUUUUUUCUUUUGGCCUUUUGUAGAGUACAUUGGUGUGGUUCAUCUGUAUCACCUCAGAUCCAGCACGACUAUCUUUAUGUCUUUCCCAACCACAUGGGUACAUGG